UGGAACAAAGGAAAGUCUGUCUCGGAGGCAUCUGUCACUCCCAGGCGGCCAAGGAAGCGGGGCGCGUGGGGCCGGCGACCCGAAGAAAGUUUGUGCGCGCCGGGACCCUCAGGCAGGCCGAGCGUGAGCCGAGCCUCCCGCGGGGGAAGCGCGCAGUCUCCGGGGUAGGGGGCGGCCAACAUGGAGUCUGGGCGCAGGGCUUGGGGGGGGGGCGGUGCGGAGGUGGGAGCCCAGCCCCCUCCCCUCCCCCUCCGGGCCGAGUUCGGAGCACAAAGCCGAGCGCGCAGGCUCGGCCAGCCCCGCGCCCCGAAGAGUCAGCCAGCGCCAAGCGGCGGGGGAAGGGGGUGGGAACCAAACUUUUUCCUGCCCCGGGACAGACACGCUUGCCCAAGGUCCAGCCUAGCCCCUAGACACCAUGUCAGACAGUGACCUGGGUGAGGAGGAAGGCAUCCUCUCCCUCGCAGGCAAGAGGAAGCGCCGAGGCAACCUGCCCAAGGAAUCGGUGAAGAUCCUCCGGGACUGGCUGUACGUACACCGCUACAACGCCUACCCCUCGGAGCAGGAGAAGCUGAGCCUUUCCGGACAGACCAACCUGUCGGUGCUGCAGAUAUGUAACUGGUUCAUCAACGCCCGGCGGCGCCUUCUCCCAGACAUGCUUCGGAAGGAUGGCAAAGACCCCAAUCAGUUCACCAUCUCCCGCCGCGGGGGUAAGGCCUCAGAUGUGGCCCUCCCCCGAGGCAGCAGCCCCUCGGUGCUGGCUGUGUCUGUACCAGCCCCCACCAGCGUGCUCUCCUUGUCUGUGUGCUCCAUGCCACUCCACUCAGGCCAGGGGGAAAAGCCAGCGGCCCCCUUCCCACAAGGGGAGCCAGAGCCUCCGAAGCCCUUGGUGACCCCUGGCAACACACUCACCCUCCUGACCAGAGCUGAAGCUGGAAGCCCCACAGGUGGACUCUUCAACACGCCACCGCCCACACCCCCAGAGCAGGACAAGGAAGACUUCAGUAGCUUCCAGCUGCUGGUGGAGGUGGCGCUACAGAGGGCUGCUGAGAUGGAGCUUCAGAAGCAGCAGGACCCAUCGCCCCCCUUACUGCACACUCCUAUCCCCUUAGUCUCCGAAAACCCCAAGUAGGCAUCUGCCAAGAAGGGUGCUCGAGGCUCGAGCCAGCUGUCCGGGGUCUCUGUUUUGGUUCCUUUUCAUACAGAGGGCUUUCUUUGGAUCACUGCCAAACAUCGGGGUCAUCUCCUCUGUCCAGAGGUCUUCAGCAGGAAGAUGCCAGCUGGUAUCGCUGCACUGUGACGGGGACCUCUCUGCUAACUGCCGUUUCUCCAGGCCUCCUCAGUGAUGAGAUUGAGAUCGGAGAUAGGCAUGGUGCUGCUGCUGCUUCUCCAGAGGAUUCCGAGGACACCUUUCUUCCAGCCUGCUUUCCUAGGCUGGGCACAGGAAACCUGCCACUUUCAGACCUAUGCCCCACAGCUGGGCCUCUUUUUGUUAAGCCAAGUGUGGACAGUCCCAAGUUCGUAAGUGUGAACAAAAGACAAGAGGAACCCAGCAGAUGUAACAGAACUGACUCCAGUUGAAUGUUUAGGUUUUCACUAAACUGUUUAUUUUUCCCUUUUUGCUGGGGUUUGCAUUAAUGGGAGUAGUUAGCCCAGGUGUGGGGAGUGAGAGUGUGUUGCGUGAGGGAAUCUGAUGAACUGGGAAUUCUGCACCACUGCAAUUGGUGAGUGUUUUACAAGGAAGGAGUAUUUUUAUUUGGGGGACCAUCUAAAUCUCUGCAAAAUUCCAAAUGGUGGUUUUAUUCUUGGUUUGAUUUACAAAAAAAAAAAAAACCUUUUUGGGCUUUGGCUUUUCUGCAUCAGGCACAGAAGGGAACAAAGCCUUCUUAAGAAUAGAAAGGGUCCAACACAGAAUCUGACCAAACCUUCUAAGCGCAGAGCAGAGAAGGAUAAAACCAGAGAGGUGGUUUUUGGUUUGGUUUGUUCGUUUUUUUUGUUUUGUUUUUUUAAUUUUUGUUUUUACUAUGUUUUGGGGGACAGGGGAAGUUAAGUUAGACCAAGGAAGUGGGUUUUUGGGUUUUGGUGUUUUUUUUUUUUCCUCUCUUUAAUGUUUUCCCCUCUUUAUCUUUGAAAGCUUGGCCCUGCAGCCUGAGUUUUGAAUUCCUUUAAGAACUUGGAUUAGUGGGAUCAGAAUGUCAAAAGCUGCCAGUAGCUCCUACUUGGAGAGAAGUGAGCCACCUACUGGUCAGGAAGCCCUUGUAGCUGACUCAAAUGGGCAGUUUUUCCCACGAUGGUGGCAAGAACCUAUUCCUGGAAGAAGCAGGGAAUGUGCCCCCGGCUGCUGAGGAGCUGCCUUCUACGGAGGCUGGGGCUGGAAAUCGGUUAGGAAGCCUGUUCGCUGUGUCUUUGUGUUGCACCUUUCUCUAAAUUGGAGUUGCAGAGGCCUCUGCCCUGAACUUCACAGUGAAAUAGAUCACAGUUGGUCUUACUCUUCUCCCUCCUCCCCAUUUUUUAUUUUGCUGUCUCAUUGCUGACAGCAUUCGACAGCAAUACACCCCAUCUUUAUAUAUCCUAAGAAACACUAAUCCUAGGUUACUAUUAGCCAAAAUAUUUUUGUUCUGAAAGCAUUGUUACUGGGCCAAAAGACAGGUCAGGAGCCCCCUGCCUGUAGUUUCCUGAAGUUGCCAAGUAAGGCACAAGGGGGAGAUUCCUGGCACAAGGGGGAGAUUCCUGGAGGUUGACUGACAUGGGUGGGCCUGGCCGGGAGAAAGGCAGCAAUGUGUGUUCUGUCCUUUCUGGGAUGAUCCCUGAAGACUUCAGGGAGGCUACCUGACUUCUCAGUGGCUUGGCCUACCCACUGUUGUGGGAAUAGGGAUUAGCUUUUUAAGGAAUGGGAGCUUUGCUCUCUGUGAGUGGGCAAGUUUCCUAGGCUCUCUCUUUUGCCACCCCGCCCAUCCUUGCAUGUCCCAGGGGGAUCAGGGAUCCUCACCCUCCUGAGGCCCAGCUGGGGAAGAAAGAACAUAGCAGCUUCAAGAUUAGUUGAAGUUGCUGUUUGCCCAGCCUGUUCCACCCCACCCAUGUCUGUGAGCCCAGGUCUGGUAUGACUGUUGGAAGAGGUGGUGAGGGGUGAGGAGCCAUGCUGCUGAAUUCUGGUUGGCAUUCCCCCUCUUGUGCAAGAUGGGGAGGCUGGGGGUGGUGCAGCCUCCACUUGGUUUGGUUGGGAGAUAAACCUGGAGGAGAAGCACAGUUAUCCCGUUGAAUUAUUUGAGCAAAAAAACUACUGUAAAUAACUUUUGUUUUUGUCUUUCGUCAAAUAAAGUUGUUUUUGGUU